GACGGGGCCGAGGAGAGCGAGAGGCAGUAUUUUCGCUGUAGCUGCCACCGCUGCUGUCGUCGCCGCCACCAUUGCCGGCCCUGGCACCACGAACGCGGGGAGGAGCCGAGGCCCCGGGGCAUGGCUCUCCCGAGGGCUUGGGGUGAUGGGCUCUUGACCUCUUCGUCCCUCAGCGGGGACGAGAGAGCAGGCUAUGCCAAGAAGAAAAGGAAAGCUGCAGAGAUUCACCAAGCCCUGAGCAGUGAUCCUACUGAUGUAGCUGCGCUUCGACGCAUGGCAAUUAGUGAAGGUGGGCUCCUGACAGAUGAUAUCCGACGAGAAGUGUGGCCAAAACUUCUCAAUGUCAACAUACAUGACCUCCCUCCUCCACCAGCGAAGGAGCUACGGGAAGAUAGCAAGGACUACCAGCAAGUACUUCUAGAUGUGAGACGUUCUUUACGACGAUUCCCUCCUGGCAUGCCUAGUGAACAAAGAGAAGGGCUCCAAGAGGAGUUGAUUGACAUCAUUUUGUAUGUUUUGGAACGAAAUCCCCAGCUGCAUUACUACCAGGGCUACCAUGACAUUGUGGUCACAUUUCUGCUUGUUGUGGGUGAGAGACUGGCCACAUCAUUAGUAGAGAAACUCUCUACUCACCACCUCAGGGAUUUCAUGGACCCAACAAUGGACAAUACCAAGCAUAUAUUAAACUACCUGAUGCCCAUCAUAGAUCAGGUGAAUCCCGAGCUCCAUGACUUCAUGCAGAGUGCGGAGGUGGGGACCAUCUUUGCACUCAGCUGGCUGAUCACCUGGUUUGGCCAUGUCCUGUCUGACUUCAGGCAUGUGGUACGGUUGUAUGACUUCUUCCUGGCCUGCCACCCUCUGAUGCCCAUUUACUUUGCUGCUGUGAUUGUGUUGCAUCGAGAGCAAGAAGUGCUCGAUUGUGAGUGUGACAUGGCCUCUGUUCACCACCUCCUGUCCCAGAUCCCUCAGGACUUGCCCUAUGAAACUCUGAUCAGUAGAGCAGGAGAUCUCUUUGUUCAGUUUCCUCCCUCUGAGCUUGCCAGGGAAGUGGCUCAGCAGCAAGCUGAGAGAACAGCAGCCUCUACCUUUAAAGACUUUGAGCUGGCAUCUGCCCAGCAAAGGCCAGACAUGGUAUUGCGGCAGCGCUUCCGAGGAUUCUUGCAGCCUGAAGAUCGGACAAAAAAUAUCCUGACCAAACCAAGGACCAAUCGCUUUGUGAAGCUGGCAGUGAUGGGCCUGACUGUGGCUCUGGGUGCAGCUGCUUUGGCAGUGGUGAAGAGUGCUCUUGAAUGGGCCCCUAAAUUUCAACUACAGCUAUUUCCCUGACAACUGGGGAGGAGGCUCCUAUUAUUUUAAAUCAAGCCUCUCACCCUUCCAUGGGAAGAUUGGGAGGAAGUUAGCAUUCCUUUAUUAAAAGGGUUUAUGUCAAGGGUUUUCUAAUUCCCACUCCCCUACCUACCCUGUCCAUGAUUUGCCUUUACUUCAGGGGCUAAUGGAAGGGCUCCCCCAACACCACAGGCUUUUUAGGGCCAUGGUAUUAAACCUCUAUAUCUCUGGUCAUUAAGCAGUGGGUUUCUUAUUAGGAAGAUGGCUGCCACCUUCCCCUAUGACAGGGGAAUUGAGUUUAUUUAACGCCCUCUUGUCUUUGGAGCUCACUGGAACUGGGCUCACUUGAAUUGAGAGACCAGUAGUAACCUAAGCCACUGCAAGCCUCUUGUCCUUACUGCAGGGGCUUUUUUAACAAAGGAGGAAGGAACUGUCACAGUAGUUGAGUGGUUGGAAGAAGGAUGAGCAAAAGCCAGAGAGGGUCUGCAGGUUUUCAGUUGGAGAAGAGAGAAAAUUCUUAAACAGAACUGAUCAUGGGAUCCUGAUAAUCCAUUGGCCCCCAUACUUUAAUUUCCACGUUCACUUUCUGAGGUCUCCAAUCAGUGAAGCUUUGACAUGACCCAGUUAGCCAAGGAUUCAGUGUUAAUUUUUUCCAUCUUCCCAGUACAGUUGGUUGAGAAACAAAAGGACAGGUAUGAAAUAGGUCACUGGGCGAAUCCUACCUAUUCCCAGCCCAGGGAUCCCUUGGGCACAUCCUGUCAAGUGUAAGUGGGUAAUGAUUAUUUGGAUUCAAUCCUGAGUUGAUCUUGUCCUCUCUUCUCCCUCUCCCCCAGCUGCUGCCCCUUACGCUGGCCCCUGAGCCACAUAAUAGCUUAUAAAAGCCAUCUUAUUACUAUUUUUGGAAUAUACAUAUAAACUUGCUUUACAAAUUUUCUUUGUCCAUGGUAAAAGAGCUACUAACUUAGAAGGAGGGACACAAGGCCCAGAAAACUUCUUGCCCUAAAGUAUUUUUGUAUGUCAGCCCAAAUUGGUAUUUGUAAACAGUCCAAAACACUCUCCCCUCAACCUCUCAAUGUCUUGGGCUUUUCUCUAGUAGUUUGCCCUUCUCUCCAAAAGAAAUGCCCACUCACUACCUCUUUGUCACUUCAUGGGUUUAGUUCUAUCUCUCCCCCAGGCAAUUUCUUAUUUUGUAGGGACUAUUGCUAGAAAUUGGCCAUUACUUUCUGAGGGGCAAACUGUAGUCUCUAUGGAGCUCAGCAGGAGCCUGGAGGAAUCAAACCCAAGCUCCCAAACUUGUGGCACUAGAUGUGGGGGAAGCAAGUUUAAAUCCACCAGUCUUUAGAAAGUGGCUUUUCCAAUACCCAAAGUCAAGUUGACUCUGACUAGAAAAAAAAAGUGCCUUUUCUGCUUCUUUAGAGAAACUGGGGUGUCAAAUGUGAAAUAGUCACUCAGCCAUCUUCCCUUAAAUCUUUCCCAUCUCCUCUGCACAGCUUUCUUUAAUAGCUAUUUUGUUACAAGUGACGGUGUCAGAUGCACCGCCCUAGCAAAUCCUGCUUUCACUCCUUUCUCACCCAGAAACCUUUGCCAAGGCUGACCACAUGGAGGGCAUGGGAUGGGUGAUUUAAUUUUGGGGCAGAGGCCUUCCCAAAGGGUAGGCAGGGUGUCAAACAUUGAAUUUUCACUAAGCACUUUAAAAGAAACUGAAGCAGGAUGAAGGGAGGAUCCUGUGAAAUCCUUCUUAAGGUUUGACAAGAAUGGCCAAACCAGGUGAUGAGAAUCACCCCCAGGGGCCUAGGGGUGGCCUAGCUUGAGGUGGUUGGAUUCCAGGGGGCCAUCCUUGUGAUGUGAACCACAAAGGAAAUUCUUCCUGAGUGAAGAGAGUGGAACCCCAGCCAGGUUAUGUCAGGAGAAGGGAGAAUGGGCAGCAGCAUAGUAGCCUCUUGCUAUGGGGAGGCUGACCUCUUACAAUGAUAAAGGUGUUGGUUAUUAGUAGGGAAGAAGUGAAGUCAGAAUCCUAAAAUUGUAUCACUCCACCCAACCCAAAGGCUUCCUAAAAGGAAAAUAAACCAGCUUUUCAUACCCUGAGGGGGAAAAGGAAGGAAAGUUCACUUGCCUUGCGCCUUUGUUGAGGCUGAGGAUGUCCUUUUGCCAAGGAGGAAAAAAAAGCAUUCUCUCCUAUCUUCAGGUGAUUUACUUAUUCUGUAAAGAAUAUAUAUGUGUAAAUAUGAUUUGUACAGAUCCCUGUAUGAAAUAAACAGCCAUGUGUGGUUACUAAAAAGG